GGCCGCGGUCCCCGCCUCCCGCCGCUCAGGGGAGAGCGCCGCUUUGCUAUUGGUUGCCGAUGCUCGUUCCGGCCGGGGGCCGGACCCCGCGCGGUGGCGGGAAAGCUGAGGCUUCCGCGCUUCCCUGGACCUUGUAGGGCUGCGGGAGGCGCCAGCAUGGACGCGGCUGAAGUGGAGUUUUUGGCUGAGAAGGAGCUGGUUACCAUUAUCCCAAACUUCAGCCUGGACAAGAUCUACCUCAUCGGGGGGGACCUGGGGCCUUUUAACCCCGGCUUACCGGUGGAGGUGCCUCUGUGGUUGGCGAUUAACCUGAAACAAAGACAGAAGUGUCGGCUGAUUCCUCCUGAGUGGAUGGAUGUGGAAAAGUUGGAGAAGAUUAGGGAUCACGAGCGAAAGGAAGAAACUUUUACCCCUAUGCCUAGCCCUUACUACAUGGAACUUACCAAACUCCUGUUAAAUCACGCUUCAGACAACAUCCCGAAAGCGGAUGAGAUCCGGACCCUGAUCAAGGAUGUGUGGGAUACUCGCAUUGCCAAACUGCGGGUGUCUGCGGACAGCUUCGUACGGCAGCAGGAGGCCCAUGCCAAGCUGGAUAACCUGACCUUGAUGGAAAUCAACACCAGCGGGGCUUUCCUCACACAAGCGCUCAAUCACAUGUACAAACUCCGUACCAACCUGCAACCUUCGGAGAGCGUCCAGUCGCAAGACUUGUAGAGAAAGACCCGAAUUUGUAAAGAAAGGCCGGCCGGAGGCGUGCCAGGUGGUAUGUGUGCGUGCCCGAGACGUGGUAGGGGCACUCUUAUUUCUGGAGUGUUCUAGAACCGUUUUUAAACGCCUGAGAAACUGUGUACCGAAACCAGGAAUGGGUUCGUGACAUUGGUGGAAAGCAACAGGUUCGUGCUCAGUCAUCGAGACACUUGAAUUCCACAUCUGUCUCUGGGAGCCAGCUGUUCUUUUAUGGGGGGAAGAAAGCAGCUUUGGCGAAACAUGUGAUCUUUCCUAGCAGAGCCUCCAGCCUCCCGGGUGGUUGUCGUGUGGGUGAGCAUUCGGUGAUGUUUUGUGUUUUAGAGUAGGAUACAGUAGGAGUGGCGAUGUGGCCUAGGACUUCCCUUUCUUGACCAACGCUGAUCUCUUGGGCUAAACUCAGCCUCUCCUUGAGUUUGCUCACAGAGAAGGACACAGUUGACCAUCUGAGCCCAAUAAAGAUGGAAUCUGCCCAA